ACUUUCUUUCCCCCCCCCCAGUGUAUCUUGGAUUGCUGCUCCGGAUACCUGCUGCUCCUCCGUCUCGCACAAUUCGUUUGCUUUCUCCUUCCCACCCCGAGGAUUUUCUCUUAGGGAAGCGGGGGAGGGUGCCUUCCUUUUCUUUGAGCUCACCACAUCUCUUCCAAAGGCACCUCUUCUCUCAUUUUCUCCUUUCCUCCGUGCCCUCAAUGCCGGUGGAAGAUUUUUUGCCUUGAAACAUGAAGAUCCUUAGCUGGGUGCAUCUCAUCUUCCACCAGUGGCUCUUGCAAAAGGUUGUGUGUGUGAAGGGCCAUGUGACCAAGACCCUGAACUACCUGGAGAUGAGUCCCUCAAGUGUCUUGAAGACAGGGUCGUAUGGCACCACUUUGAAACCUCACUCUCUCAGCCCUGCUCAGAUAUUUUCCAGCGAGCCAUCCAAAGCCAAGCUGGACCCAUACAGGGGUGCCCUGAGUCCCUGGGACUGGAGAAAGAACCAGACAGCCAUGGAGCACUUCAACCAGCGAGCCAAGAGGAAGCCCUCAUUGAAGGCGGGCCGAACCAAGAAGAUCUUUGGCUGGGGAGACUUCUAUUUCAACAUCAAGACCCUGAAGUUCAGCCUGCUCGUGACAGGCAAGAUUGUGGAUCACAUUAACGGCACCUUCAGCGUCUACUUCCGGCACAACUCCUCCAGUCUGGGCAACGUCUCAGUGAGCAUCGUGCCACCCACCAAGGUGGUGGAGUUUGAUGUUUUGGUUCCCCCUAUCCAAGCCCAACAUCUUCACCCCCAGCAGUCCACCUUAGCUGAGCCCAAGGAAUCCAAGACCUUCAACUGCCACGUGGAGUACGAGAAGACCAACAGGGCACGCAAGAACAAACCAUGCCUCUAUGACCCCUCCAAGAUCUGCUUCACCGAGCACACGCAGAGCCACGCUGCUUGGCUGUGCGCCAAACCUUUCAAGGUCAUCUGCAUCUUCAUCUCCUUCUUCAGCAUUGACUACAAGCUGGUCCAGAAGGUCUGUCCAGAUUACAACUUCCAGAAUGAGAACCCCUACUUUGGCUGACGAGGGGGCAGACUUCCGAGGGAUGGGGAUGUUGGGGGUUACAGAAGGUGUAGGGGUUUACAAAUUCAGGAUGGGAGUUGGAAGAAUUUUUUGCUGACAGUGAAUGAGACAGAAGAGCCACUGCCACCACCACCACCAUGACCCUGCUUAGUGGGAGAAGAAUGACAGGUUUGGCAUAGGACCUGGAUCUGCUCUAUCCGAUAAGACAUUCCCCUCCCAGUGGCCGCUAAACUUCCCAGGACUUGAAGAAAAUGGAGAUUGGCCAAAGGGACACUAUUGCUUUUGAGCCCCUUUCUGAUGUUGUUUGGGGGCAUCUGAAGGGAGUUCCCAGCAAUAUGAAGAAAUGGCUUGCUGUGGCUUUAUCUCUUUUGUGCAUAAAUGAACCCUACUGCUUCUUUGGGGUUGUAACACUGAUUACAUGAUCACCUCCCUCAUGAUCAUGCCUCCCAUGUGGAAUGUAAGGGUCCUGGUGGCAGCCAAAGGUCUCUCUCUCUCUCCCUCUCUCCCCCCCCUCCCCUAGCCUUGGACCAAGCCACAAAGUGUCAGGAUGAGUUGUGACUGACGCUGUCACUGGCCUGCCUGAGAAUGUGGAAAAGGCAUAUUAACCCA